AUGUUUGAUACAUUUGAAGAAAGAUGUCGGUCCAUUAAACCUCCAACAGAGAUGUCCUUUAUAACAGGCGGUGUGACCAUUUUGCUCAUCCUCACCAAUAUUCCUGGAAAUAUUCUCGUUAUCCUGGCCGUUGUUUUGGAUCCAAACAAAAACUUGCGAACUCCUUUCAACUGGUUAGUGGUAAAUUUAGCAGCAGCUGAUAUAAUGGUUGGCAUUAUCGCUCAGCCUCUCGCGGUUUAUUUUCACAUCACAGAAGGUUUGGAAGACGGAGUUGACGCUGAAGAAUCAAUAGCAAUCUACAUAGUUUACUUCACUUCGUGUACAGCAUCCAUUCUUAGCGUUUCAAGUCUCGCUGUUGAAAGAUAUUUGGCUGUAAGGAAACCAAAUACUUAUCGUACUAAGGUGACUAAUAAACGGAUUUUGCUAACAAUAGCGAUGAUUUGGGUGAUUUCUUUGAGUUUACCUAACAUCAAUCUUAAUGUUGGUUUUUCUACAUACGCAUUCAUAUUUACCAACAGCUCUGUGGUAGUGGGUGUAAUAAUAAUUUGUAGAACAUAUACUCUGGUGAAGCACAAAGUUAGUAUGAGUGAAAUGAGAUCCCAUCAUGGGCGGUGUAGGUCGAUUCUUUUAACUUUAGGAGAAGGAGGAAAUAAACCAUCGCAACACGAAAGCCCUUCAGCUGUCAUCACAGAGACAGAUUACCCAAAUGCUAGAACUCAAAACAGACAUUCGUUCGAACAAAAUACUCCAUCAACUUCAACAGAAAAAAACUUACCAUCGCAAGUUCGAAGCCCGCUUCCAACUGUCAACACAACCAUAAGUUCCUCGAACGCUAUCACUAGCAGCAGGCAACUGUUGGAAGCUAAGGUUACUAAAAUAUUCCUGAUCGUCCUCGUAGCUCUGUUGUGUUGCUAUGGACCCUCGACUAUACUGAUAUACGUGGUAAGCUUCUGCGAAGAUUGCAGUUGUACAACCCUUCAUUGUCUUGAAGACAUCAGUGUCUUGUUCACUUUUAUGAAUUCUAGCAUUAACUUUUUUUGUUAUGCUCUAAGAUCCAGCAGAUUCCGAAACUCGUUUCUCAAAUUGUUAAGAAUGAAUCGUCGUCGAAACUUUUCGAGCUCUUUCAACGCUGCCAUUGCGCAAUAG